GAGUCGGUGUGUUGUGGACUCGUGGUGCUGGCUGCCGCUGUUGAGGCGGCCUGGAACGGGCUGUGGGGACCGGGCGGAGCUGGCUCUGCCUCUGCCUGGUCAGCGCCGCAGGCGGCGCGGGCCGUGCCCGCUGCCGUCAACUGCCCCAAGCGCCUGCUGAGGCCGAGGGAGACGUCGGGGCCUGCACCUGGAGAGAGCCUGCCGCGCUGGCCCGGAGGAGGGGGCGUUGCCAUGGCGACAGCCUCUCCGGCAGCUGACGGGGGACGGGGGCGGCCCUGGGAAGGAGGGCUGGUCUCCUGGCCCCCUGCCCCUCCCCUUACGCUCCCUUGGACCUGGAUGGGCCCGAACUGGGGGCAACACCCUGGGCAUUGGGGCUUUCCAGCUCUCACAGAGCCUUCAGUGUCUCCAGCUGCCAGUCUUGGCAUCUUCGAAGUAAGGAGAGUUUUAGAUGCCUCUGGAUGCUCAAUGCUAGCACCUUUACAGACUGGAGCAGCUCGAUUUUCUUCAUAUUUACUUUCAAGAGCAAGAAAAGUGCUGGGCUCCCACUUAUUUUCUCCCUGUGGCGUUCCGGAGUUCUGUUCCAUAUCUACCAGAAAGCUGGCGGCCCACGGCUUUGGCGCGUCAAUGGCGGCAAUGGUGCCCUUUCCUCCCCAGAGGUAUCACUACUUUUUAGUGCUGGACUUUGAGGCCACCUGCGACAAGCCACAGAUUCAUCCUCAGGAAAUCAUUGAGUUCCCCAUCCUGAAGUUAAAUGGCCGUACAAUGGAAAUCGAGUCUACCUUUCACAUGUAUGUCCAGCCUGUAGUCCACCCACAGCUUACCCCCUUCUGUACAGAGCUCACCGGGAUCAUUCAAGCCAUGGUGGAUGGCCAGCCAAGGCUGCAGCAAGUGCUGGAGAGGGUCGAUGAGUGGAUGGCGAAGGAAGGCCUCUUAGAUCCAAACGUCAAGUCAAUUUUUGUCACCUGCGGAGACUGGGACUUGAAAGUCAUGCUCCCAGGCCAGUGCCAUUAUUUAGGCCUGCCAGUGGCGGAUUACUUCAAGCAGUGGAUUAAUCUGAAAAAGGCUUACAGCUUCGCCAUGGGCUGCUGGCCCAAGAAUGGACUACUAGACAUGAACAAGGGUCUCAGCCUGCAACACAUAGGCCGGCCCCACAGCGGCAUUGAUGACUGCAAGAAUAUUGCCAACAUCAUGAAGACAUUGGCUUACAGAGGUUUCAUCUUCAAGCAGACAUCAAAGCCCUUCUGAUUGGCAGAGGACAGGAUGGGGCAGGACAGGGUAGCUGCUUGGCCCAAACCAGAAUCCUCCUCUCCCUCACCAGAGGGAAAAGGGAGAGUGGCACAGCUCUGCGCCCAGAGUGUCCCCCAGCUGCCCUAUGGGCUUGUGCCCUGGGUAAGGGCUUGGCCACUUGGCCCCUCUGGAGCAGACACUUUGUGCCCCACCCCCUCCCACUCCUCAGUCUCCGCCCAGUAUUAGCCCCUGCCAUUAUGGGCCUGGGCUAGGGGGAACCCAGGUACUCACUGCCUUCUCCCUGGUACACAGGCUUCUGCUGGGGCCACCGAGUCCCUCCUGUCCCCCCUCCCAUCCAUAGUGCAUGGUGUGUGGUGCCCCCAGGGCUCCAGGACAGAUCAGGUCCCACCUUGUGUCCACCCCCAUCCCUGCUGUGAACGUGCCACUGAAUAAAGUUGGGGAAACAAGG